UUUUUGUGAGUGUAGUCACAUGAUCAAAUCGGAGGGAAAAGCUGGCAGCCAUUUGCCUGUUCUCUAAAAAACGAGUCCAAGUUCACUCUAGUGCACUGGCAGGUUAAAAGAGGAGAGACUGAAGUGAAAGAGAAAGGGACUCCAUUCCAUAAAUUGAUCCUGAUUUAUACUGUAGGAUUAACUGCUAUUUGAAUUCUCGUCUGCAUGUUUUUCAUUAUGGACUGAAAAGCAUUGCUACAUUAUUAAAAGAAGUGAACUGUGAACUAUCUUAUUUAUGAUGUCUUGUUUAUUGGGAUACAACACAGCCAUAACCAUCCGGUUUACAGUAUUAUAGACUAUUUUAACAGAAUUAUUCUUUAACUACAUGUACUUUCACAUGUAAAACUUCAUACACUAGAAUAUCAAAAUUGGCAACACGUUCAUUGUCUAAUGUUGUGAAACGUUGGCCUAUGGUUGAAAAGUUUUUUUGCAUAUCUUGUGUUUGAAUUUAUCUGUGUUUCAGUGUUAAUUUUAACGUCUAAGGUUGAUAAACUUUUGGAACUAGCUUUAUUUUUUUCAUAUUUCACAAGAAAUAAACUUGGAACGAUUUGAACAAAAAGGUUUUAACAUUAUAUACAGUAACAAAAUGGCAACAGGUUUAUUGUCUUCGGUUCCAAAAUGUUUGCGUAUGGUUGAAGACUUUUCUUGCACACGUUGUUUAGAGCAGAAUCUUACGGAAUCUGCAGACAUUUAUUGUGAAAAAUGUGAAGGGUUUUAUUGUAAAAAAUGUGUUAUCCUGCAUAGUCAAUUUUUUACAAAACAUAUGACAUGUGGAAGGGAGGAUAUUAAGAAAUGGCCAGUUUCUAAGGCAGUGGAAGAUUUUCUCAGGAAGUGUGAGGUGCAUGAGGAUGAAACACUGACACAGUUUUGCCAUUACCACAGUCAGCUGUGCUGCUCUGCAUGUGUUGGAACAAUUCACAGCCAGUGCAGUAAAGUGACCCAGAUUUCGGAGCUGACCAACUCGCAGCCCACUGGCCUGGAGGGGAUGUCAGUGGAGCUGGAAACUGUCCUGGGGGAAAUUAAAACCCUGCAGAUCAGACAGAAGGCCAGCAUUCAGUCAUUGCAGAAAACAUACAAGGAACAUAGUGCAGUUAUGAUAGAGCAAAUGCGUGGCAAUUUAAAUACUUAUAUAGAUGAAUGUGAUAAUAGUUCUGUGGGUACAUCAGGCGGAAAUGAACAAUAUUUAAAAGAAGAGAUGUGUAGGAGUGUUCUCUCUAUCGUGAAUGAAUUUGAUAAUAUUACUGCGAAGGAACUUAACGAGAUGAAAGAUGAAGUUAUAAGCAUUAAAGGGUCAGUUACAAGUUCUAUUCAUAAAUGCACCACUCUUCACAAUGACUUGUCACAAUUCCAUGAACUUGUUCAGAAAAUUGGAGAUAAUAAGGAGCUCUGUCUUAUAGCCAGCAUAAAAUGUAAGCAUAUAAUACAGCAGGCAUUGACUCUGCUAGGAAAGUCAGGCAAGGCGUUUAACGUCCAGCGGAAGUCUGUGCACAAUGUGAGAAUACCAAGUGAUUCAUAUGAAUGGAGUAUUGCAGGCAUAUGUGUUCUGACUGAUGGGCAGGUGCUGGUUGCAGACUAUUAUAAUAAGAGAGUCAAGCUGCUGAACCAGCAGUACCAGGUGGUGAGUCACUGGGAUGUGAAUGCUCAGCCAGUUGACAUUUGUUUGAUCACACCCAGUGAGGUUGCAGUGGCUGUGAAUGACCAUGAUAGCAAGAUACAUGAGGUCCAGUUUAUCACUGUCAACCAGGGAAAGCUUGUCUCCGGCAGGAAGUUUCAGUUACAACAUGAAUGUACAUGUAUUACCCAUCACCAAGGAGACUUUUUUGUCACCUCUGGUAAAGAAUUGUACAAAUACACGCUGAAUGGCAAACAGCUCUGCAGACUCUACCAAGAUAGAUCAGCUGAUUGGACAGCUCCAUACACAACAAGCUUCUCACCCUGGCCAGGGAUGGCACACUCCUGGCUACAUGCUCAGACCCAGCACUAG